AUGUUAUCAUCAGUUCCACCAAGACAGACGUGGCUGAAAUUGAAGAAGACAGUGAAAGUCACAAGAUCCUAUCCAAUCUUCCCUUCCCUGAAUGCCUGGGAAGAAUUCAGGAGCCUCUUAUCUGCAGAUGGGGAGCCAAACCCUGGAGUAAGCCUGGGUGUGGAGGAAGGACUGCUCUGCCAGAUACUGCACUCACCAGAAUUCAACCUAUUUCCUGACUCAGUGGUGUUCGAAAGCAACUUUGUCCAGGUGAAAAAAAGCAACAACUGGAUUGACAUCUACAAAGCCUCCUAUACCCUGGCUCUUGGGGUGACUUCCUCUGUGCCCUGCCUGCCCCUGCCCAACAUCCUCCUUAUGGCUAGUGUCAGAUGGCCCCAGGGGCAGAGCCAGACUUGGAACAGACCAUCGACUGCCCCAAAAAUCAUCCUGAAGAGAAUUCUCCCACUGAAGUUUGUGGAGCUUCAGGUGUGUGACCGGUUGCACCGUGUCCUGCAGCUGAGAACCAUCACCGAGAAGAUCUACUACUUGAAGUUGCACCCAGACCAUCCUGAUGCCGUCUUCCACUUCUGGAACCGCCUGGUGCAGAUUCUGCAUCAGGGUCUGUCUAUCACCACCAAAGAUCCGAGUAUUCUUGUCACUCACUGUCUGGUACCCAGGAAUAGCUGUAGCCCUUCGGGAGUCUCACAGUUAGUACAAAAGAAGUUUCAAGCCUCCCAACCUAGAAAGUGCUUCAUGGAGCUGAUGGCUAAGGGGAAAAGUGAGGCCAUCUCUCAGAUUUGUGCCAAUUUACACCAGCAGAACCAGCUCAGCUCCAGGAGUCACAAAAAGACCAAGACUGAAAAGGACAGACCAGGUCCUAAGAAAGAUGGUUCUGAUGAAGAUAGCAUCCCUUGCAUCCAUGACCUGAGCUGGAGGGAUUCGUUCACCUACGGAGAGUGGGAAAGAGAGAACCCCUCUGGGCUACAAUCCCUCUCCCUCCUCAGUACUCUGGCAACCUUCACAGGGCCACAGCUGGCUCCACUCAUAGGGUUCUUGGGAGCCCCAGCCUCCUUCUAA